UCCAUCCCAAGGUUUGAUUUCUUUUUACUGAAAACUCGAUCGAAAAUUCUACACCCCACUUCACUUUAUUACUCACUAUAUAUACAACUCUAUUAUCACCUUAACGAAAACCAAGACAAAUAAAACAGAAUGAUGAGGUUUUGGUUAGUGUCUUUGUUUUGUCUCUUUUGCCUAAAAUAUGCUUUGGCACAAGAUGUUGGUGCUCUUGUUAGUAAAAAUCUGUUUGAGAGAAUACUACUGCAUCGCAACGAUGCCAAUUGUCCUGCCAAAGGAUUCUAUACUUAUGAAGCUUUCGUAACAGCUACUAGAUCCUUUGGUGCUUUUGGAACUACUGGGGACACCAAUACUCGUAAAAAGGAAAUUGCUGCCUUUUUGGCUCAAACUUCUCAUGAAACUACAGGAGGAUGGGCAACAGCACCGGAUGGCCCAUAUUCAUGGGGAUAUUGCUUCAAGCAGGAACAAGGAAGCCCUCCAAAUUACUGCGUUGCAAAUCAGCAGUGGCCUUGUGCUCCUGGUAAAACGUACUUCGGUCGAGGCCCUAUCCAAAUAUCCUACAACUACAACUAUGGACCAGCAGGGAGAGCAAUAGGAAGCGAUUUGUUAAACAACCCAGAUUUAGUAGCCAAUGAUCCAGUAGUGUCAUUCAAAACAGCCCUAUGGUUCUGGAUGACACCCCAGCAACCAAAGCCAUCAGCCCACGAUGUCAUAACUGGGAGAUGGACUCCAUCCGCAGCUGAUUCGGCCGCGCGCCGCGUCCCCGGCUUUGGUGUAAUCACCAACAUCAUCAAUGGUGGAAUUGAAUGUAACAAAGGUUCAAAUGCACAAAUGCAGAGCAGAAUUGGGUUCUACAGAAGAUACUGUCAGAUUUUGGGAGUUGACCCUGGCAAUAACUUGGACUGUGCUAACCAAAAGCCUUUCGGCCAGUAGGGACCUUGAAUCAAUUAUAGUACUUUUGUGUAGCACUUGAGACCCUAAUAAGGUUUGGUCCAUCUAAAAAUAAUAUGAUCUCUUGCUUAAUAUGGA